UAACAAUAUAUUAUGUUGAUCAUUAGUAAUGUUCUAAUUUACGAUGACUAUAGCCUUAAUGACAGGUACAUUAUUUUUUCAUGGUCAGUUUCAAUUCACCAACAGGACGUGCAGCACUGGAUACACAAUUACCAGAAAUUCACACGCGGAAUUAUAAUAUUGAAAUAGUGUCCCAUACAAAAAAGAAAAUGUCUUUUCAAUUAAUGGAUGUAGAAACAGAGUACGAAAAAGACAAAAACCUCAAACGAGAAGACAUUCAAAUUUUAGCCGAAUGGAUGGACAAACAACCACAUUUACCCAAAGCGACGGAACUUCAACUAGUCCUUUUUCUCCAAAGUUGUUAUUAUCGUCUGGAAGCUGCCAAAACGGCCAUUGAUAAUUUUUUCACUGUCAGAACUCUCUGUCCUGAUAUUUUUGGUACGCCAAGCGUAGAAACUCUUAAGCAACAAUUAUCAGUAAGUACCAUCAAUGUUCUACCCAAGAAAACUCCAGAAGGUUACAGUGUGAUAGUAAUGAAAUUGCUAGAUCCUAACCCAGAACAUUACCACAACGUCAGUCAAAUUAAUUUUUCUGACUUAACUUUGAUGCUCAGUCUGCACCAGAAAGGUACCAGCACGGGUAUCAUAACGGUUUUUGAUAUGAAAGGGUUGGCUUUCGGACACCUUACCAGAUUUAAUUUGGUGGCAAUUAAGAAACAUUUGUUCUAUAUUCAGGAAGCUGCCCCCAUCCGUAUUAAAGGAGUACAUUACAUUAAUGUCGUUCCGUUCAUGGACAAGAUAAUGGCAAUGGUAAAACCCUUCAUGAAGAAAGAGCUGGUUCAACUGUUAAAUUUCCAUACGGAUUCUAUGGAGAGUUUGUUCAAGUUCGUACCAAAGGAAAUUAUGCCUGAAGACUAUGGUGGUGAAGGUCCUUCACUAGCUACUCUACAUGAGCAAAACAGGAAAAAUCUUCUGGAAAAUAUGGAUUUUUUUAGAUGGUUAGAUACGUUGAAAGUAGAUGAAAGUAAACGUCCAGGAAAACCGAAAAAUGCUGGAGAGAUUUUUGGUGUUGAUGGCACAUUCAAAAAGUUAGAAGUCGAUUGAAGUGUUAAUAGUUUAGUAUUAAUUGUUUUUGUUGAUAGUUUUGUUGUAGUUGCGUUCUUUUCUGUUACUUAUUGUACAGAAUAUAUUAUAGACUGUUAGAGUAAAAUUUA